AUUGUUAUUGUGUCGUGCGCGUGAGGAGCGGGCAGGAUGCACGAGGAGGCGCUGAUAAAGGGAUCCAGCCAGUGAGAAACAGCAGCGAAACGUAACAUGUGAGAAAUGAACGCCAUUUACGCAUGGGAUGUAUUUAUGGAAGCGUCGCCGCUGUUCGGGGAAAGACUCAAUGUAGACGCGAGGAAACAUUAGCUGCUCAACCUCCAAGUACACUUCAGACAAUUGUCAACGGUCUUUCUGUCCAAGUUAUUGCCUUCUCCCCGUCUGAUGUGGACUGAUUCAGAACUGGGCCAUCAUGAUCCCAGUGAACCUUCUGGUCACUCUUUGGCUGAUCAGCUUAAUACCAGCAGCAUCAUGUCUGUGAACCCUCCCAGCAGUAAUGACGCUUGCCUCAGCAUCGUCCAUAGCCUCAUGUGCCAUCGACAGGGUGGCGAGAACGAGGGCUUCGCUAAGCGGGCGAUUGAGAGCCUCGUCAAGAAACUGAAGGAAAAGAAGGACGAGUUGGACUCGCUCAUCACUGCCAUCACUACCAACGGCGUCCACCCCAGCAAGUGUGUCACCAUCCAAAGAACGCUGGAUGGACGUUUGCAGGUGGCAGGGAGGAAAGGUUUUCCCCAUGUGAUUUAUGCACGACUGUGGCGCUGGCCUGACCUUCACAAAAAUGAACUGAAGCACGUCAAGUUCUGCCAGUACGCCUUCGACCUCAAGUAUGACAACGUGUGUGUAAACCCCUACCAUUAUGAGAGGGUGGUGUCUCCAGGCAUUGUUGGUCUUAGUCUUCACAACACAGUGCCACCAAGUGGGCUUAUCAAAGAAGAAUACAUCCAUGACUGUAUUCAAAUGGACCUCCCACCUGGCAUGCCAUUGUCUGACCACCAAGCAACGCUGAAGAUGCCUCCUCCAGACCCCUAUGGCCAACCCUUGCCUCCCCCACAUUUGUCCUCUGAGCCCCACGGACCCCCACCAGUCACCAGAUACACACAGCUGCCUGUCUCACCCAAAGUGUCAAGUUCUGGCUCAAUGCUGCCUCUACAGGGCAGUCAUGUUGAUGGCCGCCCUCAGACAGCAUCGCCACAGAUUCCAGUCAUGUCUCAAGCACCGCCUCGUUCCCCGACUCCCAACCAACCUCUUCCUCAGCAACAAGGUCCUCAAGCCCAGCAGAGUCCACACCCACAGCAAUCUUCUCUACCUCCUCCUCAUGGACAGAAUGGAUACAGCAACAAUAAACACUCACAGAGCCCGGCUGCCUUCCACACAGUGUGGACUGGCAGCAGCACAGCCGCCUACACUCCAAUUGGACCCCUGCAGAAUGGUCGUGGUCAUCAGCAAACUCCCCUUCACCACCCAAACCAACAUUGGUCUCAGCAUCAUGGCUCAACCUCUUUCCCCCCAUCUGUAUCCAAUCAUCCAGGACCAGAGUUUUGGUGUUCCAUCUCCUACUUUGAAAUGGACGUUCAGGUGGGUGAGAUGUUCAAGGUGCCGUCCAGCUGCCCUGUUGUGACGGUGGAUGGUUAUGUGGAUCCAUCGGGAGGCGACCGCUUCUGCCUAGGCCAGCUGAGUAACGUUCAUCGCACAGAUGCCAGUGAGAGAGCCCGUUUACACAUCGGUAAAGGGGUGCAGCUGGAGUGUCGUGGCGAAGGCGAUGUGUGGAUGCGGUGUAUGAGUGACCACGCUGUGUUCGUACAGAGCUACUAUCUUGAUAGGGAAGCAGGCCGGGCACCAGGUGAUGCCGUGCACAAGAUCUAUCCUGGAGCCUACAUCAAGGUGUUUGACCUGCGGCAGUGCCACAGACAGAUGCAGCAGCAGGCAGCAACUGCGCAGGCGGCUGCCGCUGCUCAGGCGGCUGCAGUGGCAGGAAAUAUACCUGGACCAGGCAGCGUGGGAGGCAUUGCACCUGCAGUCAGUCUGUCUGCAGCGGCGGGGAUCGGCGUGGAUGACCUCCGGCGACUAUGUAUCUUGCGCUUGAGCUUCGUCAAGGGUUGGGGUCCUGAUUACCCGAGGCAGAGCAUCAAACACACCCCCUGCUGGGUGGAGGUCCACCUGCACCGUGCUUUGCAGCUUCUUGAUGAGGUGUUGCAUACUAUGCCAUUAGCAGAUCCAGGGCCUGCUAACUGACUACCUGUAUGCUGAAAUUUGGAUCUGGAUUCUUUGAAUGUGCGCACACACACACACACACACACUUUUGAUAGUUUUGCUCUCUAUUAAAUAUCCUCCCUAAUUGAAUAUCCAGUGAAAAGACCCAAGACAAACUAAAAUGACCAACACUUGAUGCUUGUAACAAUCAAUUUAGCCUGUGCUAUCUGACACACACAUUCUUAUGAGCAAUAAGUAAGUAAUCAAAAGAUAUAUCUAAAGAUAUAUUCACGAUCGUCCAUCAACGUUAGCUUUACGUUGAGUCAUGUCCCAACAAACCAAAAAGUUUAAUCCGUACGAAAGUUAUAUUCUACCAUUUCUUUUUUACUAGACAUAUUGUUUGAAUAAUUUCAUAAAUGAUUUUUUUAUAGAAGGUUACUGUAUUUAAACCAUAACAACCCACAGUCAUUAGUGCUAAAAAAUGACACAAAGCCAAGUGGAUUUAAAUACUUAAUAAUAAUUCAUAUAACAAAUUUUACCAUUCUAAAUAUAUUAUUUCUUAAAUUAUUGUUAAUAGUAUUAUUAAAAUAAUCAAUACAAAUGUUAUUCAAGAUAUUUGUAUAAAAUUUAAUUCAACAAGAAAAGAAACUUUUUUUAAAUUGUAAUGUUUUGCAACAAAACAUUUUUUAAAAAGCUAACACCAAUUACAUGAACAAUUGGACAAGUAUGAGCAUAUCAAAUAAACAUGAAAGACAUCACAAUAGCUUCAAAUCCUUCCAUUUUUCAUGAAGCGACCCUUGGUAUAAAUUUUUGGUACACACCCUCCAGAAUUCAAACUAACUAAAUAUGUGCUAGUAGAGGUGUUCCAAGCCGAUAUCAAUAUGGCGAAAAAAAAGUUUGGGGUCAUAUCUAGACUGUCCAAUAUAAUCUCCCAAUAUGUGCAGUCGUGCAGCACAUCUAAUUAGAACCAGUUAACAUUUAAAUGUCCUCCAAUAAGCACUUUAGUCAAGUCAUGAGCAAAGGGUAAACAUGAUAGGCUGUAGGGUACUAGGAGGUAGCGGCUACACAACAGCUAAGCACACAACUUACACAUUAGGAGUAAGUGUUAAACAACAUUUUUCAUUAUAUGCAAAUAUCAAAUAACAAUAGUUGAAUAUUACUUACACAUACAAAGUCUCCUAGGCAGAAGUGUAUUAGAAAGUAUCCAGUUAAAAACGUUUCUGCAUCAUUGAACUUACUGCAUCAUUAACUUUACUUAAUAAAUGAUUGUGGCCACUAGGUGUUCGCUCAAAAACAAUUACCAGUUCAAUUCUCAGGGCAUUCAAUCGAUCGCAACUGAACAGUUCAAUUUGUCUUAGUGACGUUUCGCCUCUUUAUCGAGCAGGCUUUACCAGUUCAUCAACUUGGUGCCAAGAUCCAAAAAAUGUUGACCUUUGCCACCAACAAGUCUCUACAGUUUAUCUGAUCAAGGAAUAACUAUGAGGAAAAAUAACCAGCAGAACAGAAUCCCAAGGGGAACAAAUUAGGUUUUGAAGUGUUGGCAGCUCUUCAAUGCCAAUGUGAAGUGAAUUAUAUUUAAAUUAUAUAGCUCUUUUCUCUAGUGACUCAAAGGGCUUUACAUAGUGAAAACACAAUAUCUAAGUGACAUUUAAAGGCCUACUGAGAUGAGAUUUUGUUAUUUAAACGGGAAUGGCAGGUCCAUUCUAUUGGUCAUACUUGAUCAUUUCGCCAUAUUUUUGCUGAGAGGAUUUAGUAGAGAACAUCGACGAUAAAGUUUGCAACUUUUGGUCGCUAAUAUAAAAGCCCUGCCUUUACCGGAAGUAUUGUGCGCGUGACGUCACGAGUUGCAGGGCUCCACACAUAUUCACAUUGUUUUUAAUGGGAGCCAACAGCAGUAAAAGCUAUUCGGACCGAGAAAACAACAAUUUCCCCAAUAAUUUGAGCGAGGAUGAAAGAUUCGUGUUUGAGGAUAUUGAUAGGGAAGGACUAGAGAAAAAAAAAAGAAAAAAAUCAAGUUAAAAAAAAAAGGCGAUUGCAUUGGGACUGAUUCAGAUGUUUUUAGACACAUUUACUAGGAUAAUUCCGGGAAAUCCCUUAUCUUUCUAUUGUGUUGCUAGUGUUUUAGUGAGUUUAAUAGUACCUGAUAGUCGCAGGGGUGUGUCCACGGGUGUCUUGAGGCCAGUGUCUGAGGGAAGUCGAUGGCAGCUGUAUGGACGGUGCAAGCUCAGCUGAUCUCUGGUAAGAGACGACUUUUUACCACAAUUUUCUCACCGAAAACUGCUGGUUGACAUUUGGUCGGGAUCCAUGUUGGCUUGACCGCUCUGAUCCAUAGUAAAGUUUCACCUCCGGGAAUUUUAAACAAGGAAUCACCGUGUGUUUGUGUGGCUAAAGGCUAAAGUUUCCCAACUCCAUCUUUCUACUUUGACUCCUCCAUUAUUAAUUGAACAAAUUGCAAAAGAUUCAGCAACACAGAUGUCCAAAAUACUGUGUAAUUAUGCGGUUAAAGCAGACGACUUUUAGCCGCGAGUCGUGCAGCGCUAAUAUUUCCUUACAGUCCGUGACGUCACGCGCAUGCGUCAUCAUUCCGCGACAUUUUCAACAAUAAACUCUGCGAGAAAUUUUAAAUUGCAAUUUAGUAAACUAAACCGGCCGUCUUGGCAUGUGUUGCAAUGUUAAUAUUUCAUCAUUGAUAUAUAAACUAUCAGACUGCGUGGUCAGUAGUGGGUUUCAGUAGGCCUUUAAACCAGUGUGGGUGGCACUGGGAGAAGGUGGGUAAAGUGUCUUGCCCAAUGACGCAACGGCAGUGACUAGGAUGGCGGGUGUGGGGAUUGAACCUGGAACCCUCACGUUGCUGGCACGGCCACUCUACCAACCGAGCUAUACUGCCCAAUCAGUAUCAGUAUCGGCCAAUACUCAAGGCUCCAAUAUUGGGUGUCGUAUCGGAAGUGGAAAAGAUGUAUCGGGACACGUCUGAUUAGUAGUACAAAAAUACUUGUUCAUUACAAAUGGGUGACAUGUAUUAAACGUCGUUGGUAUUUUGCUAUUGUUGCAAAUACAUCACCUAGCAGUUUUAAGGCUAAAGAAAGACUGAUAAUGUAUAGAUAUUGUUUUCUAUUAAUGCAUUGAAGAAUUACAGUAAGAUCAGUUGAAUUGUAAUAUUUUAAUUAGAACACCUUAUUAAAUGAUUGUUAUUGUUAAAAUGACUGUGGGUUCCUAUGGAUUAAAUGUGCCACACACAACCAACACAAUCAUAUUUACUAUAACAUCCAACAUGAAAUAACAGAUAUUUAUGUAUUUUCGAGAAGACUGUACUCCCAAACAUCUGCGCUAUUGUGACAGAUAGAAAUACGUGUUUCCCUGUUGCACAUUUACUGUAAUUGGGUGAUAAGAAAAGGAAAUAUGUUCGGUUCUAUGGAGUGCAAAUCACAACUGUGUACAUCGACACAAGGCAGUGUGUUAUUUUUCUGUAAGUGUAGUGUGGACACAAGUGGUGUGUAAAUGUGGAUCACUUCUGUGCUCGUACCGUGCUUGUCAGUCGACUAAUUUUAUCCUGUUAUCCUUCGUAGUACUCUCAACUGAAGUACAUAUAUAAAUAUAUAUACGGUAUAUCUAUUUUUUUUGAUAACAAAAAACUGAAAAGCCAAAAACAUGUAGCUUUAAAAUGUUGUGGGCCUUUGUUAUGAACAGUGCUACCCUGUAACCAAAUGUUUGGUGUUUUAUCACCAAAAGCUAGAAUACCUCAUAACUACACAACAUACACUUUUCAUCAGGAGGCAAAAUUCAGCAUUGCUUAAGAAAGCAGAGAGAAAGUUUCACCAAAAAAGUCCAACACAGUUUGUAUGGUUGUUGGAUUUGACAAUACCGGAGGUUUUUUUGGGGCAUUUUAGGUCUAUCACAGACUUCUGGUGAUGUUUGGCAUCCACCAACUGAGUGCCUUCCUCAUCUCAACACUUCUUUCAAGCUUGCUACGACUCUGGUAUGUUUCCUCCAAUAGAGAACAAUAGAAGUGUUUGACAUCAUUGUUUGGACUUCCUACUGUGUCUUCUUAUAGUGCUUUCUACUAAUGGGUGUUCUAAUCCAAUAUUAGUAUUGGUCCGAUACCAGCAUUAUCGCCCUGAAUUUCAAACUUCCGUUAUUAGAACUCCGAUUCAAGCAGUCUGUUCUGCUCCGGCAAACAAAUCUUUUUGUUAGCUAAGCAGAGCGAUAACAGGUUGUCUCCCUUUAAGACACUGUGAAAUUUAACAUAUAUAAAUUAAGUACAUCAAUAUAUUGUACUUUCCAGGCUAUGGAGUGCAACAUUAUUUAAGCCGCAUCUAUCAAAUUUCAGAAGAAAAAAUAUUUUUUAUAUAUUAGCCACACCAGACCAUAUAUACCGGUAUGAAAGAUUUUGUAAAUUUACAUGCUUCCACAACUCCAUGGUGACAUGUUGGUGAAUUUACAAAACAUUACAAAAAUAAUGCCAUUGUAAGUUAAUAAUGCGAACACAGACAUUUGUAAACAUGCAUAUUUGCUAAUGCUAACGAUUGCUAGAUUGAUUAUAUUACGAUAGCACGUACAAGUAGACAUCACACAUUGGACAGUUAAGUAAGUAUGAAUUGUUUAGCUGUAUCGUAAAACUUGCAAACGCUGCUUAGAGUGAUCAGUAAAUAAUUUUUACCAGCAGAAACACUUUAGACAAAUAGACACAAAAAAGAUAUACCACCAGUUUAAGGCACAAAACAGGAACUACAUAUUCAAACCGCAGCAACCGCAGUGAGAAAACUCAUCAAAAAUAUGGCGUUAUAGUACAAAAAAUCCCUACAUUUUUAGUGUAUUUGUCAAUGUUGAAAACUAUUUUUAGAAUACAAAACAUUAUAGCCGUUAACAAAGAGAAAUCCAUAAAUUAGCCACACUGUUUUAUAAACCACAAGGCUCAAAGGGUAGGAGAAAAGUAGCGGAUCAUAGUCCGUAGAAAUACAGUAACUUACAUGCCAUACAAAAUAACUUCUCUGUGACAUUCCACAAGAAAAUAAUUUGUUUAAAACAAUUGCGUUGGCUCAGUGCUACUAAUUAGCAUUGCCAAUUUGGCAUUUGGCAAUCAGAACUACAACUAAGAUGCAUGUUACAAUCUAAAAGCUAUUAAGUAUUAAGUACACUACUUACAAUAUAAACACUUUGUACUACUCAACUUAAUAUAAGACUAUGCCAAUGGCAAAGACUACUUCCUGACUAGAGCGACACGGCAAAGACAAACUGAAAUUAAAUCAUACUUGCAAAUGAGGCUCAGAAGUGUAAGAAAACUAAAUAUAACAAUUCAGACAACAUCCUCCACACGGGGAACCUUACCUGGCCCUGACAUGGAAAGGAUUGACAAAUUGAUGGCUCUUUCUCGAUUUUAAGAACAAUACUGCUGUGUAAAACCUUUGCCAACACAUCUUAAUCAAGCCAUUUCCAACAAUCUACACAACAAAAUAAGUAGAACGUAAAAAUGCAAAUAUUUUAUCAGAUCAACAUCUGCCGGUAUUGUAUUGCAAGUGGAAAAAGUUGUGUCGGGACACUCCUACCUUCUACUAUGAAAAUGUAUGAAAUGUUAUUGUGAAGGAGCGUACGCCCGUCCAACUACACCCCAACACACGCCAUAUAUUAUAUAUAUAUAUAUAUAUAUAUAUAUAUAUAUAUAUAUAUAUAUAUAUAUAUAUAUAUAUAUAUAUAUAUAUAUAUAUAUAUAUAUAGUAUACAGUGUAUAAAUAUAGCUUACAAAGUGUAUAUAUAUAGCUUACAAAGUGUAUAUAUAUAGCUUACAAGACCCAUUUUUCUUCUGAAUUGGUUUUAAAAUAGUAUUUUUGCUCUGGUUUUCAAAUACCGUCUUCGUUAUUGUACGGCCAAACAUUGCACGUAACAAUCUAGUCCGUUAACGUCGUAACACUUUGUGGAAUUGAGUUUCCAAAAAAAAAUAAAAAAAUCCAACUUGUUGGUGACUCAAGCUCUGUACUUUUUUAUUGAGUAUGACUGCAAAAUAAUCCACCAUCGGGCCCAAAAAAGUUGCGAGUAUCAGCACUUUGUUAAAGAUGGUGAGACACACUAUUGAAUUUAGGCAAAGUGCCUUCAAUACAGGUAAAAGUAAUGUUAAAUGUUCAUUUAUUGGACAUAUAUAUUUUACAUUAUUUUCUCCAUGCGCAACUAUAAUUAUUCUUCAUAAGAUAUGUUUUGUGUUCAUAUUAUUGGGGGUCUGAUAGGUUUUAAUUGGAUUGACACUAUUUGUUAUGGGAAAACUCUCUUCAGUGUUAAUAAGAUUCAGUUUUGGAAUGUAUUACUAAUGAAAACUGAGGUAGCACUGUACUUAAUAUUAUUUUCGUGAAGUUAUUUUUACAAAAGGGAGAGUCUCAAUGAAAAAUGAUCUGUUUUGCCCGGGUUUGCACUUUGGACAGCGCUGAUGUGGCGUAUUUAGCUGAAAGGUGGCGCAGCCUGCAAGAGAAAGUGAUGAAAUAAGUUUUUUCGUGACCACAGCAGACGUCUGCUACGGAAAACAAAAUAUUUGAUGAGCAGAGCCAACAUGAGGCACACGUUCAGGAGAAAAGUUAGGCCUCCUUCAACACAAGCAGAACAAAACCAUUUGGAAUAAACAACUUGACAUAUUUACUGUAUCACCGUAUAACAUCCACAUAUUUUCAAGGCUGCUUGAUUAAUCGUGAACACAAUAUGACCAGUCAAAUAAUAGUAAUAAUAAACAUAUUUUCUAUUACUGCACAUUUCUACUCGGACGGAGGAAACUCACCAGAGUUGUGAACUAAAGCUAACAUCUUUGAAGUUCGGGCUCGGGCACACUUGACUUCCCUUUAUUUUCACCUUAAAAACUGUUCUCCCCCAGUAUAACCUCACAAAUCUGUGACUCUACAGUAAGAUGGGGACUCAUAUGGCCCCAUUCGUCGCGGUUUACUGGACACAUGAAACGUGACAAAUUGAGGGUGAAGGGGAGCACUCUCCACGUUAGUCGCCAGGCGGCAGUAGAGUGUUGACUAUCUUAAUAUGUGUUUUGUGGCAUUUCCAACUUUGAGCCCAGCAACAGAUGCUAUGUAGAGUGGGGCUUUCAAUCAUUUUCAGCAGACUGCCCUGCAAAAAUGACAAACGCAACAUCCACUUAUGGGGCCAUAAGACACCCUUCCCUACUGCGCAUUUUGCCAUAACUGAGCUUAAGAGCACCCGAAAAACUCAAAUCCAAGGAGGAAAAAUGUGGUUUCUUAUUGUGAAUGUCUCUAACAUGUUAAAAUAAAAUUUGUACUUCACACCAUCAUUCACCGUCACAUGACAACUUAUUAUGUACACAACAAAUAAUGUGUCUCAUAUGUCUUUUCGCACCUCUUCAGCAACCAAAUGGCCUGUAAUGCUGUGAUUGGUUAAAGUGCAGGCAGUGUUCUGUUUCAUUGGCUGGAGAUACUUUCGCUUUGCACCAAACCAAAAAUAGUAAACUAGAAAAAUGUGACGACACACAGCAAAAUCUUGGCAAUCAUGUAAAGUUUUAUGGACCGAUUAUCCCCGUUCUGCAGCUUGAAGUCUUUAAAGUCUAAAAGUCACACGUUGAUGUUUGAAUGUGAAGGCCACAGAUCUUAAUGUGCCACACGGGAUACAUUGUUGCUCGGGCCAAAUGCCCAGUUGAGGAGUUUGAUGUUAUUGAGAAUUCAGCUGCUUUUCAAAGAUCAGCCCACUAACACAUAUGCAUAUUUGUGAUAUGUGCCUUUUUCUUGUGGAGCAUAGACGCAGCAACUCUAGUUUGUAAAAAAGAGUUUUGGUUUGUCGUCUAUUGUCAAGAGUCCUGUUUCACAGUGGUUUGGUCUUCACCCACUUAUGGAGCCAUCUUGUGGUUCCCUCAGGUAUCCGUGUAAGAACUCACCAACUGCUUCAUGGAAAUAGAUCUAUUUGUAUUCCAGUAGUAUAAUUUAUUGCCUUUUGUGACUCUGUGACGCUUUGCCCGUGAUUCAGGUAAGUAGACAUGUUGAAGAAAGGCGCAAACUCAUCAUUUCUGGGUCACGGCCGCGUCGUUUUGUUGUUUCCAGGAAUUCUGUAUAUUUUCACCGUGUAUUUGUGGAACACUGUGGAUGUGACCUUGCAAUUUGCAACAACUGAGAGCAAGCUUUGACAUCAUUGUGGAACUAAUGCUGUAAAAUUGUUGGCAAGGAUUUUUAUAUGUUCGCUCCAUAAUUAAAGGGAAACAGACCAAU